GCUGUAGUCAGGCGCAAGCAUGGCGCUGUUGUGAUCAGUCGUGUUUAGGAUAUCGACUUCGAGGUUGUCUUUUUUAGGUAGUUUCAAUUAUUGUUUUGCGGUACAUCAUAAAUAAGGCCCCAUCAUGCCCUCGGCUUGUGAGUCUUUGAUUGAGGACAUUGAGGACAUGGUUUCCUCUAAUGACCCAACACCUCAAGAGAGACAGUCAGUCCGUAAGAGCAUCAUACCAAGGUCACGAAAGAAAAGAGAGCCAUUGGCCAGUGAAGAGAUUCAAGCUGACAGUUUAAUACCGGGCACUCAGAAGAUAUGGAUGAAAACUUGGGGUUGCAGCCACAACAAUUCAGAUGGAGAAUACAUGGCUGGGCAGCUAGCUGCCAGUGGAUAUAAAAUGACAGAUGACCCAGCAGAUGCAGACUUGUGGGUGCUCAACAGUUGUACAGUGAAAAACCCAGCAGAGGAUCACUUCAGGAACUCAAUCAAAAAGGCCCAAGAACAACAAAAGAAGGUGGUGGUGGCAGGUUGUGUACCCCAAGCUCAGCCAAGAAUGGACUACCUCAAGGGACUCAGUAUCAUAGGGGUCCAGCAGAUUGAUCGAGUGGUGGAAGUCGUAGACGAGGCUGUUAAAGGACAUUCAGUUCGUCUGUUGGGUCAGAAAAAGGAUGGAGGACGAAGACUGGGAGGAGCCAGACUAGACCUGCCCAAGAUCAGGAAAAAUCCUCUCAUUGAAAUAAUCUCCAUUAAUACAGGAUGUCUGAAUGCUUGCACCUACUGUAAGACGAAACAUGCCAGAGGAGACCUAGCCAGCUACCCCAUAGAAGAGCUGGUGGAGAGGGCAAGGCAGUCAUUUCAGGAGGGCGUGUGUGAGAUUUGGCUGACCAGUGAAGACACAGGGGCAUACGGCAGGGACAUUGGCACAGAUCUGCCCACUCUGCUCUGGAGACUGGUGGAGGAGAUCCCCGAAGGAGCCAUGCUGCGACUGGGCAUGACCAACCCUCCAUACAUACUGGAACAUUUAGAGGAAAUGGCGAAGAUCCUGAGUCACCCACGUGUGUAUGCGUUCCUCCAUGUACCUGUGCAGUCGGCCUCAGACAGUGUUCUGAUGGACAUGAAGAGAGAGUACUGUGUUGACGACUUUAAGAAAGUGGUGGACUUCCUCAAAGAAAGAGUUCCAGGUGUAACCAUUGCCACUGAUAUCAUCUGCGGUUUCCCUGGAGAGACGGAGGAGGACUUUCAGGAAACCAUGGAGCUGGUGAAGCACUACAAGUUCCCCAGCCUCUUCAUCAACCAGUUCUACCCUCGACCUGGGACACCUGCCGCUAAAAUGGAGCAAGUACCUGCACAUGUGAAAAAACAACGGACGAAAGAGCUAUCACAACUUUUCCACUCGUACAACCCUUAUGACCACAAGGUUGGCGAGAGGCAACAUGUGCUGGUGACAGAGGAGUCAUUUGAUGCCCAGUUCUAUGUUGCGCACAACAAAUACUACGAGCAGGUGCUGGUGCCCAAAAGGUCAGAGUUCAAAGGGAAGAUGAUUGAGGUGGACAUUUACGAAGCAGGAAAACACUUUCUGAAAGGCCGUCCGGUCGAGGACAGCAAACCUUUCACUCCGUCCAUCGCAGAGCCACUUCAGAAGGGACAAGUCUCUGGUCUCUCACAGGAGCAGAUGGCCAAUGGCGUCCACAGUCCCGCUGCUCUGUCUUCGUCCUCUGCUGGUGUCUCCGUCUCGCUGUUUGGCUGUUACAGUGUUGAUCGGGACGCACUGACAAAGCUGGGAAUUGGCCUUGCUCUGGCAGCCGCCAUUUUGGCCUUCAUUGUGGAGAAACUGUACUGAUGAAUAACUGUGAACAAGAAGAGGAUUUGACACCACAGAGAGCACACUGACAUCAAAGAAGUGCUGGCACAGGCCUGCUACAAUGAAGCCGGGUUUUCAUCUAUUCCUUGUAGGACUCAGAAUGAUUUUUCAGAACGAAGACAAACCAAACAGUUGAUACUUUUGUGAAUGUAUUUCUUUAAUUUCGCUGUCAGAUUUUUGUUUCUUGAAAAGCUCAUUACUUUUUUUUUCAUUGUCAUUACCACAGCUUAGACCUGCUGCUGUAUCUUGUUUAAAUGUUUACUAUGUAACUUUUCUGGUGGGGGAGAGGUCUGCCAGCAGGGUCAUUAUUUAUUGCUGUGGCUGGAAUGUUCUGCAGUAUAGAAUUAAACUCUAUCUACCAUUUUUUAAAUUAUAGGUGCAACUGGUUCACUCACAGUCAGAAUGCAUGUUUAAAACAUGCAUUCUGACUGUGAGUGUGCUCAGAUCUCCACAGAUCUGACCUGUAACUUGACCUGGUGGUGUCACCGGUUUGUCCCCUUGGUUCUAGUGAAGUUUAAUGCCAUACUGUGGAACAUUCCACACAAAGCAAUAUUUCAGCAAAAACAAGCAGGCAGUCGAUGUUCAAUCAGAAAAGUUGUGUAGUUUCAAGUUGUGUUUAUAAUAUUAUGGACAUAAUUUAUCAUACACUUCUGUUUCAUCAUCUUCUGUAAAAAAAAAACCUACCUUUAAAGGUAAACUUAUUUUUCAAACAGCAGAUUUGUACAAGAAGGUUUAAGAAGGUUAUUUGAUACCGUCAUUUUAAAGUAUUUAUUUUUGAAUGAUAGAUAUUGACAGUAUAUAUUUUUGAAGUUUUAUUCUGUUAUUAUGUAUGAUGAAAAACUGUUACUUCAGUGAAGGAGUAUAACAGAUACUACAGGUUUUUUUCAUAAAAGCUUUGCCACUACCAACCCAAAUGUUAAAUAAAUGAGCUAAAGUCUCAAGUGUUUCAA